UUUGUUACUAGAAGCCCGCGGGUUUGUAACGAGAACAGUUUAUUUCACACGUAUUGCGGAACGAAUCGUGAAAUCGGUCAAAUACACGCGAAGAUAUAGGUGUCAUUCGUUAAUUCAUUUGUAAAACGCUUCUACUUUCUUUUAUCCAAUCGGCAUUCAAUAUAAUCUUUUUUUUUCUUUAUCUUAGCUCAAAGAAUUCUUUUUUCCUAUUGGUUACAAUAUGAUUUGACUUGAUCCGAUUUUCGUGUUUACGAUCUUAUUCGAUCCGAUUUGUAGUAAUUCGUGAAUUUUCAUUGUGCAAUCAAUCGGAUAAGAAAAUCUUAUCUUAAAUUCGAGUUUAAAAGUAUCAAAAAGAACUGAUGUGAAGAGAGUGCAUUGCAAAGAAUCAAACAGAAUUUAUUUUUUAAUGUUCCAAAUGCCACCAACUCGAUAUCAUCUUCAAAAGAAAUUAGGAUGCAAGGAAGAAAGUUGAUGAAGGCUGAAGACUAAUCUCUAUAUAAUUAAAAUACAAAUACAAAUUCAUGAAAGGAGAAAUGAAAAUAUUUCCGGAUAAGGAGCGAGUACCACCCAUCAUGUAUCAAGGACUAGAAGAUGAUUGCAAGAAGAUUAAUUUAAAGAAUCGUAGAUUAGCAGAAACAGAUGAUUUUUUAACGGCUGAUGGAAGUUAUCGUUGUAGCGAGGAGGAAUAUGUGCCUCGUAUUUCAUGGUUAAACCUGAUAGGAUUACUUUUUGUACACAUAGGUGGUCUAUAUGGAUUCUAUCUCAUCUUUGUUGAAGCCAAGCUCUCUACCACGUUAUGGAUGGUUAUUACUACUUAUAUUACAGGAUUUGGCAUAACUGCAGGAGUACAUCGAUUGUGGUCUCAUAGAGCAUACAAAGCAAAAUGGCCACUUCGAUUACUUUUAAUAUUCCUGUUUACCAUAACCGGACAAAAAGAUGUAUACAGGUGGGCAUUGGAUCACAGAGUGCAUCAUAAGUAUAGCGAAACUAAUGCAGAUCCUCAUAACGUUAAAAGAGGUUUUUUCUUCGCACACGUAGGAUGGCUUUUUAUAACACCGCAUCCUGAUGUUGUCUCAAAACGAAAGGCAGUGGAUAUGAGUGACUUGGAAGCCGAUCAACUUGUCAUGUGGCAGAAAAGAUAUUACAUUCUUUUAUUCCCCCUUUUAACUAUCGGACUUCCGGUUGUCGUGCCUUGGUACUUUUGGUCAGAAUCCAUUUGGACGUCUUUUUGGGUGAAUUUUAACUGUCGUUUCUGCAUCACUCUCAACAUAGCCUUUCUUGUAAACAGCGUGGCUCACAUGUGGGGUCAACGACCUUAUGAUAAGUACAUAUGUUCAGUGGAAAAUACGAUGCUCUCCAUCGCAGCCCUAGGUGAGGGUUGGCAUAAUUUCCAUCAUGUUUUUCCUUGGGAUUACAAGACUGGAGAAUUGGGCAACUACACGUUCAACUUGACUACAGGCUUCAUCGAUACUUUCGCGCGCUUCGGUUGGGCUUAUGAUCGAAAAUACGUAUCCCCAGCAAUGGUGCGUCGAAGGGCGAACAGAUCUGGUGAUGGAAGCCAUAUUUGGGGUUAUGGGGACGCUGAUAUUCCAGCUGAAGAUCUCCAAGAGUUGGAACUGAUGGACAAAAUCAAACAGUGAUGAUAUAUUUUUUUAAUGAUGAAAUAAAAAAUUAAUGUAAUAUUCUUUUGAUUUUCGUGAAAAGUGUUGCGAAAUGUAUACUUAUAUCAAAUGAACUGAAAACAAGUUUAUGAAAUGUGUUUUAGAUGGAUUGUCGAUCAUUUUCAUUUUCAUUUAUUUUCUCGUUUUAUAAAUCAUUGAUUAAUUAAUUUCAAAAAUAUUAUUUUCAAUACUUUUACAUGUGAUU